UCGCGAGCAGACCUACAAGAAGCAGUACAGGUGUUAGUUUCAAGUUUUACACAGCUCAGUUGGUCUGCAUUCGGUGUAAUAUCUUUGUCUCUAGCCAUUGACGUAAAUGAAGAAAUGUAAAUUGUUCAUCUGAAUAAUGUUUGGCCUCCAAGUCGCAGAUGACGUCACGAGACACCGCUGAAUGUAAAACAUGACAGGAAGGACAUCGUGUUUUUUAGUCGUUGUUUUACUGAACUUUCAGGGUGUUCGGGGUGAGACGUGCAUUGCCUUGAACUCCGCUGGGGAUGCCAGGCACUUUGACUGCGACACCGGGUGUUGUGGAGAGGGUGAAGAUGCAGACUGUUGUAUGAGUGGUGUCGCCAUCGCUGCGAUUGCCUUUGGCUGCGUCGUCUUCAUCUGCAUCAUUCUCGCCAUCAUUCUGGCCGUCGUGAAAUACCAGAAUCGGAAACACAGGACAGUGGACCCAGUGCUCGACAACACCCGGCGCCGGAACAAAGGUCGCUCAGCUCAAGAUCCUGCUCAAAGGUUACAAGUCGAGAACCCCGGUCCUCUGUCGGCAAGACUAACGCUUAAACCCCCACUGUUUCCAAGGCCAAAAUUUGACAAGGAUAUCUCCCAACGAACAGUUCCUGGUGACGGCACGUGAAUGCUACGCGACUCGGGAUUGUAUUUCAAAUUGAUGUCAAACAUCACAUUGCCUUUGUUUUUGUUUGUUGUUUAACAUUCAUCAUUCGGCAAUAUUGUAUCUAUAUUAUAUGUAAAUAAUCGAGUCUGGACCAGACAAUCCAGUGAUCAACAGCAUGAGCAUCGAUC